AUGCAUACCCGCGACGCCACGGGACGUAAAGUCUCGCUUCUGAACGACGAGCCCACUUACGAGAGCCAGUACUCUGCUGCAACCCAUCGGCUCUCCUACAGCGCGGCCAGCCAUGUCGUCUCGCAGCCGUAUCAUCCUGGUCUGACCCGUAGUGCGUCGUCCUCACCUAACACGCCGGAGCUGCUCCGCUCUGCCUCCUACGACUCCCAGAUCAGCAACGAGCCGCUGUCUCCAAUGACCCCGAACGUCGCCUAUGCAGACUAUGGACGGACUGUUGUCUACGCUGAUGGCCGCUCGCCAUAUGAGGAGUACAUGGCCGAUGGGACUGUCUAUGCUGGUGCGAAGCGCCCUGCGUCCUUCGCUGACAGCAGAACCUCAUCAUACGACCUGGAUGACAGCGCGACCAGCCCCGCAGCCCAGCCCACAGAACGCACUGGAAAGCGGUACCCGUGCCGCUAUCGCGACAGCCACGGCUGCGACAAGACCUUCACCACCUCCGGCCAUGCGUCGCGGCACUCCAAGAUUCACACUGCCGAGAAGGCAGUGCAGUGCACAUUCCACGGGUGCUCCAAGAAGUUCACCCGCGCCGACAACAUGAAGCAGCACCUCGAGACGCACUACAAGGACAAGAGCCGCCACUCGACCGCCCGUCCCAGCAUCACCGGCCGCAGGUCAAGCUCCUCGGGCAAGGUCAGCUCCUCCAAGCGAGUCGACAGCACUCCUCUGCCCUCCCCCGGGGUCGCCGGCGGUGCCUGGGACAUGCGCGCUCUGAACCUGCCCCUGCUGAACAGGCCCAGCGCAGCGCGCACGCCCAGCAGUGGCCUGGAUGCGCUCGCCAUGGCGGUCGCCUGCCAAGAGGGUGGGAGCGCGUAG